GCAUGUGGGGUGGGGCUAUUUAGAAGGGUAGAGCCCAAAUCUUGGAGCACUGGAUUCACAACUUUCACCAAAGGUAUUGUUUUCCAGUCGAAAGAGUUUGAAGAUUACCAUUCUGAAACCAAAGAGAAAUCAUGGCCGAAGAGCACACAGACCUGGAAGCAAGGAUAAUAAAGGAUAUACACAGUAAAGAAAUCGAUCUGGUGAACAGAGAUCCAAAACACAUUAACGAAGAUGUGGUAAAGGUGGAUUUUGAAGACGUGAUAGCUGAGCCAGAGGGCACCUACAGCUUUGAUGGAGUCUGGAAAGUCAGCUACACCACUUUCACGGUUACUAAAUAUUGGUGCUACCGGCUGCUUUCCACUGUGUUGGGGAUCCCACUCGCCUUGGUCUGGGGCUUCCUCUUUGCAUGUAUCUCCUUCUGCCACAUCUGGGCAGUGGUGCCAUGCAUCAAGAGCUACCUGAUUGAAAUCCAGUGUGUCAGCCGCAUCUACUCCCUGUGCAUCCACACCUUCUGUGAUCCUCUGUUUGAAGCCCUAGGCCGGAUCUUCAGCAGCAUCAAAGUUUCUCUACGAAAGGAACCCUAGUUAGUUUGGAAGAAUGGGCAGCAGGGGGGAGUCCAUCCCCAUCUGCUCACACUGUAACAAUCCAUUGAUAUUUCAGAGAGUUUUCUUUUAAAGACUUCUUCAUCUUUCAAACCCUGUAUAUGAGAUUUGCGAAAAGAGAGGGAAAGCACCAAGGGAAGUUACUUUUGGGCACAAGGCACCUGAAUCUGUCCAGGUCACCUGCCAACAAUACUGUUAAUUUCCAAGACGCAACAAUGACAACCGCUUGAAGGGAAGCUACCGUAAAAGUCUCUGCAUUAAUCCAUACUGUAAUUGUAGCUAUUUAACCAUUUUCAUGGCAGGAAAAUGAGUCACUCUCUUUCCAAGCAGUAUGUUUCUAUGAAUGCCCAGGUACGCAGUGAGUGAACAGUUUUUGAGUAAGAAUGAGCUGUGUUCUAAUAAAGGACUCUGGCCGUAUCA